AUGACAGGGGAAGACCUGGACAUCCUAGCCAAGACGCUUCUCAUCAAUAUCCGCAUCUUCAUGAAUACAGACGCGGGGGGCACGUUCGUGAUACCUGGGGCGGGGGACGCCCCAGGCAACCUGCCAGAGAUUUGCCUAGUAUUCACAGGCGGACACUACAACUCCACGACGCGGCUGGGAAUAGGUAGAGAACAGCCAGGGCAGUCGCCCGCGGCCCGGUCGGCUGGAGUGGGAGAAACAGGCAAAGGACCGCAGGAGAAGAGAGGGCAACAGAAGGAGAAGGACAGGGCAAGG